ACCGUUCGUUUGUUCGCACCAGGUGGGCGCUAGUAAUUGUUCCACGACUAUAUAAGGUGUAUCGCGGCCCGUUCGGCCGGCAGAAAAGCAUCAGGUCGUUCGUGGAUCAUGGCUAACACGAGACACCUCCUCCUCCUCGCGCUCUCGUGCCUGGUGCUCGCAGCGUCGGGCGCAGCGGCUGGCUACGUCGCGCCGUACGUGGCGCCGUAUCACGGCCCACCAGCGCCGCUGGCUCACGACGGGAGAGUGAUUGACACGCCGGAAGUGGCGCACGCGAAAGCGGUCCACCUGGCAACCCACGCGGCGGAAGCCGCCAAGGCAUCUCCCUCAGCGACCGCUUACGACGAUUACGAAGGGAAAUACGAAGGGAACGGCGGUUACGUGGCCGGCCAGAGCUUGUAUUACGGACCCCCGGCGCCGUUGGCGCACGACGGGAGAGUGGUCGACACGCCGGAAGUCGCGCACGCGAAGGCAGCGCACCUGGCGGCCCACGCGGAACAGAUUUCGAAAAUCGCCCAUAUCGCCCCUUACCAGAACGCACAUUGGUGAUGAACGAGUUAUAAUAUGAAAUGAUCGUGGAAUUUCGAGAGGAAGAUCUUUUUUUUUUUUUUAUACAAUCGUGGAGAUUAUGUUUAAGUUGUUGACGACGUUGUUUGAUUAUCCGAUUUUGCGUAAGCAAUUCUGCGAAAUAAUGGAACGUAAUUGUUUGACGAAUUUGGGGAAAGAGAGAGGUGUAGAUUAUGGAUUGUGUAUAAUGAUGUAUAAUUUGUUAUGUUAUAUAUAUUGAAUUAUUAAAAAUAUUGCAAGUAUUUAUCCAAUA